GGAAAUAAAUUAGUGGGAAUACAUUAUAAAGUACAGGAGGUAAAUAAAGUGUAUUUGGAAGGGGAAAGGAAAAAUUGCAGGUUCUUCGUGAGGGGGGAAUUGUAUGCGAUCCGUUUGAGCCAAAAAAAAGCUGACGGGUCUCUCUCUUUCUCUUUCUCCCUCUCUGUCUCUGUGCUCUUCCGUUUCCCCACCGCCAUCACAACCACCUCUUGGCCGCUACCAGUCUGUUGUUUAUGAAGGAUCAAGGGUGUUCUCCGACUGACCUCCACCAGUUGCCUGGUCAUGCACUGGCUUCUUCUCCCAAUCCUUUGCAUCAUCAAACACCAGGCUAUACAAGCCAGUAUUACCCCCACUUUGCUGCCCAAGGUCAUGCACAAUUUGAUGGACAUUCAUUUGAAGUACCAUCUCAGCAUAUAGGAAGGCAGAGUCAGGCAGUCUCUGCAAGAACUUAUGCACAACCUAGUUCAGUUAUGGAUGCCAAUAAAGUUGCUGGAACAGAAAUCAGACGGGUGUCUCGUCAAGACAUACAAUUGGUGCAAAAUCUUAUAGAAAGGUGUCUGCAACUCUACAUGAACCGGAAGGAAGUCAUAGACACUCUUUUGCUUCAGGCAAAAAUAGAGCCUGGUUUCACAGAUCUUGUCUGGCAAAAACUUGAGGAGGAGAACAGAGAAUUUUUCAAAGCAUACCAUGUUCGACUUAUGGUGAAAAACCAGAUUGUGCUUUUCAACAAGCUGCUUCAGCAGCAGGCUGACCUCAUGCAGAAGAUAUGCCCUUCAAGGAUGUCUUCUCUGUCUAUUUCCAAUGGAUCUCACACUACAUUACAACAGCAAGCGUCAGCAUGUUAUUCUACCGAGCACUCAAGGAUACCUGACCAAAUGCACCAUGCAACAGUUCCUUCAGGUGGUAUUGUGAAUGGCACAGCUUCAAUGGGCCAGCAUAUACAUAUAAAUGAGGAUCUUUGUUCUCAAACUGGACAAACAGAUAUUUCCCAAAAUAUGCUUGCUGUUCAGCAGUCGCCAAUAGGGAUCAUGCAAGGAAACAGUGAGAUAGCGAUUAAGUCUGAACCUGACUGUCCAAACAGUUCAGCCUUUGGGUUUGGUGCUGAUAACAUUUCUGAUGCUGCCCCUCCUGGUUCUUUCAACAGCAUGGAUUCCACCGCAAAUGCCCUACAAGGAUCAUUCCUAGAGCCUGACACAUAUGGCUUUCUAAGUCAGAUACCUCGGAAUUUCAGCCUUUCUGAUUUGACAGCAGGGUUUUCUCAGAGCACUGAAAUACUGCAAAGCUACACAGGCUGUCCGUAUCUGGCAGACACGGAUGGGUUUCUGGAGUCACCUGGGGGUGAAGACGCAAAAAGGCCAGAUACAAUAUCAGAAGGUCUAAGCUAUGACGAGUUUGGUAGUGAUUAAUCUUGUGGAAAGCAGUAUCAGGUUGGAGAUAGUUUGAUGUUACUUUCUUGCAAUUGACAAAUAGCCAUCAUACAAGGUGAGUUCUUUGUACAUAGCAUUUUUAGAUGGACAAGCACAAUUCUUGGAACUAAGUGCUCUCUGAGUGUGAAUACAUCGUAACAAUAAUGCAAUUUGCUGAUGUAAAGUCAUCUCUGCUCUAUCUUACUGUUAAUUAAUCAUUUUCUGCAUAUCUCUAAUUUUGACAAAUUUAAUGCUGAUGAAGUUGUGGAUGAUUUAUUUAA